CAAGUUUCCUUUGUAUUUUUUUCACCGCUGCAACCGAAUCUUCGAGUUCAAGAAGAAAAAUGGAGAAAUCUAUGGGAGGAGAUUCGCGUAGCAACAAAGCAGCUGUUCAAGCAACAAACGACGAUGCUUCCGCCAGUAAAUUGUCUUGUGUCAAGAAAGGAUACAUCAAAGAUGACUACGUACAUUUAUUUGUAAGGAGGCCUGUGAGGAGAUCUCCAAUAAUAAAUCGUGGUUACUUUGCUCGUUGGGCUACUUUCCGGAAGCUUCUCUUUCAAUUUCUGAAUAGUGAGCCAAAAUCAAAUGAAGGUCAUGUAAAGAAGCAAAUUUUGUCUCUGGGAGCUGGGUUUGAUACAACAUACUUUCAGUUGCAGGAUGAAGGGAAGGCACCACAUUUGUACGUUGAAUUGGAUUUCAAGGAGGUGACUUGUAAGAAGGCGACCAUUAUUGACACUUCUGCCCAGUUAAGGGUAAAAAUUAGUGAAUCUGCAUCAAUCUGCCGAGCCUAUAGCUUGCUUUUUCAUGUCAAUGAUCAAGUCCAGGAAUGCUUCCACAAUUUGGGGGAUCAGAGAUCAGUUCUCUCAGAGAAAGGAGAAGUAAUCAGUGAUCAUUACAAACUUCUUCCCAUCGAUUUGAGGGACAUACAAAGCUUGAAUGACCUUAUAUUAGCUCAUAUGGAUCCAAGCUUGCCAACAUUUAUAAUUGCAGAAUGUGUGUUAAUAUACUUGGAUCCUGACCCAAGCCGUGCUAUUGUUGAAUGGGCUUCUAGAGCAUUUUCUACAUCAAUAUUUUUCUUAUAUGAGCAGAUUCUUCCGUAUGAUGCGUUUGGGCAGCAAAUGAUCAGAAACUUGGAGAGUCGAGGCUGUGGACUAUUAGGCAUUUAUGCUACACCAACACUACAUGCAAAGGAAAAACUUUUCCUUGACCAGGGUUGGCAGAGAGCUGUUGCGUGGGAUAUGCUGAAGAUAUAUACUAGCUUCAUUGAAUCUCAAGAACGACAAAGGAUUGAACGAUUGGAGUUGUUUGACGAGUUUGAAGAAUGGUACAUGAUGCAGGAACACUACUGUGUCACUUAUGCUAUCAACGAUGCCAUGGGCAUGUUCGAGGAUUUUGGUUUCCCUAAAGACCAGCCUGUGACUGUUGCAUCUACAACAGCAUCUCCAUGAGCUUUGCAUCUGCUCAUAUUUGUAAUAAGAUUGGGUAACUAGUUACUUAUAUAUAUAUAUAUAUAUAUAUAUAUAUGUCAUGUGAGUGGCACGUGAUAACCAAGAACUACCAAAAUUCCCAAAUGGGUAAAAAGCUUGAUACCAAAAUCUUGUGUAAUUCUGGAUUAUUUAGGGUUAAAAAAAAGAUUCUUUUGUUAUAGGUUUUGUCAUAAAAGACAUUGUGGGUCCCUUCCCUUGUAGUGUGUUGGGGUUUUUGUCUUGAUAGGGAGUGAGUAGGAGUAGGACUUAUCAUGGUUGGUUUCAGUAAGUUGUUGGUCUUUUAAAUUCUGGAUUCAUUUAUUUUGUUUUUCAGACUUAUUUUUUGUCUUUUU